AAUGAAACACACCCCCAAGAACGCAUUUGGCACUAGUCAUGGAGUUUCUUCUUUCAAACCCCAUUUUCUUCUUCACAGCUUUGGCUCUAGUCCUAUCCAUUUUCACUGUCCAAGUCCUAAGAAGGAAGCUGAGCAAGAGAAACAAGAAGUACCCACCAGUUGCUGGGACAGUACUUCAUCAGCUACGUAACUUCAAACGGGUGCACGAUUACAUGACUGAUCUCGCUGCCAAAUACAAGACUUACAGGCUGCUCGGCCCCUUCAGGACUGAGAUCUAUACCUCAGACCCGGCAAAUGUUGAGUACAUACUCAAAUCGAACUUCGAUAACUACGGAAAGGGACGGUAUAAUUACAAUAUUCUGAGGGAUCUUCUAGGGGAUGGAAUUUUUGCAGUUGAUGGAGAAAAGUGGCGCCAACAGAGGAAGAUAUCGAGCCAUGAGUUUUCGACAAGGAUGUUGAGGGACUUCAGUAGUGUAAUCUUCCAGAAAAGUGCAGCAAAACUUGCUUACAAAUUGUCUGAAAUUGCAACUUCCAACGAGACAAUUGAAAUUCAAGACGUGUUUAUGCAAUUAGCCUUGGAUUCGAUAUUCCAAGUAGCAUUUGGUGUUGAAUUAGACAACAUGUGUGAAUCAAGUGAAGAAGGCAAGAGUUUUGGUGACGCUUUUGAUAAUUCAAGUGCACUGACCCUCUUUCGUUAUGUUGAUGUCUUCUGGGGGAUCAAGAAGUUUCUGAAUGUAGGAUCAGAAGCCCUCUUAAGGAAGAAUACCAAAAUCGUUGAUGAUUUCGUGUAUAAGUUAAUCCACACAAAAAUUGAACAUAUGAAGAAAGAGGACAACUCUUCUGAGACUAUGGGGAGAGAAGACAUUUUAUCACGGUUUCUGCGAGUGAACAAGACUGAUCCGACGUACUUGAGAGAUAUAAUUCUCAAUUUUGUUAUUGCUGGUAAAGACACAACAGCAACCACACUUUCCUGGUUCAUUUACUUGCUCUGCAAGCACCCUUCAGUUCAAGAAAAAAUUUCACAAGAGGUGGAGCAAGUAACCGGCAUGAAAAAGAUCACAAACUUCUCUGAGUUCGCGUCAAGUUUGAGCGAAGAUGUUUUGGAAAAGAUGCAGUAUCUUCAUGCUGCAAUCACUGAAACUCUUAGAAUCUAUCCUGCAGUUCCUGUGGAUGCAAAGAUAUGUUUUUCUGAUGAUACUCUGCCGGAUGGAUUCAGUGUGAGGAAAGGAGAUCUGGUAGCAUACCAACCUUAUGCCAUGGGAAGGAUGAAAACAAUAUGGGGAGAUGACGCUGAACAGUUCAAACCAGAAAGGUGGCUCGACGAGAAUGGAGUCUUCCAGCCAGAGAGCCCCUUCAAGUUUACAGCUUUUCAGGCCGGGCCGCGAAUAUGUCUCGGAAAGGAGUUUGCUUACAGACAAAUGAAGAUCGUUUUAGCUGUUUUGUUGGGCUGUUUCAAGUUCAAGAUGGGUGACGAAAACAGAGUUGUAACUUACAGGACGAUGAUUAAUCUCCACAUUGAUGGGGGUUUAGAGGUUCAUACAUUUCAGAGAUACUGAAUGUACUUCCUAUCCAUAAAAAUGGUAGGAAGAGUAAACUUGAGGAGUAUGCAACAUCUUUUAUGCUUCAAAAGCCUAUUAUGUUUGCUGUAAUGUGAUGCCCUCUCUGGUCAGGUCAAAACAACAUCCUACAAUUUUUAAUUCGAUAUACAACGUAUUCAUAAUUGAGCAA